UCAAAUAAGAAUAAUCAAAAUUUCUCAACUUUUUUGAAAAUGUCGCAGAAAUACAAAUUUUUAUAUUUUCCCAUGAAGGCUGUCGGAGAAUCGAUCCGGCUUUUGUUCCACUAUUCCAACGUUGAAUUUGAGGAUGUCCGAGUUUCCAAUGAGGAAUGGGCCAAAAUGAAAUCAGAAAUGCCUUGGAACCUGUUGCCCGUUUUGGUGGUGGAUGGGAAGCACCAACUUUCGCAGUGCUUGACCAUUUUCCGCUAUUUGGCGCGAGAGUUUGGACUCGUGGGGGCGGACGAGUUCGAAACCGCAAAGUGCAAUGAGUACAUUGACGCCAUGGACGAAGUUCGUUUAGACGUAUUGCAAAUGUUUCGCGAGUCUGAUCCCGCAAAAAAAGCUGCCAUCAAGAAGAACGUAGUCGACAACACGUUCCCGAAGGCCUGGCCAAAGUUUAAUGGGAUCCUGAAAAGAAACGGGACUGGAUUCUUGGUUGGCGAGGGGGUCACGUGUGCCGACAUUUACGUCGCCUACAUGGUCGACUUGCUCACCGGCUUUGUCGAAUUUUCAACCAUGUCCGACUAUCCCGAGCUGGAUGACCAUCGAAAGAAAAUUUGA